UUGGUUCUUUUUUUGAUCAUGCAGAAUUUCAGUUGAUCAUUUUCUUCCAAUGCACCAUAUUGGCUUGAAUGCUCAGGGAGAUUUUUAAAAGCCUCUAGCAGCCAACUCCUACUUAUGAAACACAGAAUAAGUCAAAACAGCUUUGCAAUGUGGUAAGAAGUCUGCACUGGUUCAUUCAGAGAAAGCCAAAUUCCAUUGAGCACCUCGAAGUCGAAGGCUCUCGUUCUGUCAGUUUACAAUCAAUCGUUCUGAUUCCAAAAACAAAAUACCACAUAAAAUGUCUACAAUAACGUUGCGGCAGAGCAGCCUAACAGCAAUUACCAAUAACAGAAAUGAAAGGCAUAGUGGGAAGAAGUCAAAGCUUCAGGAUACGAAAAACAACAUGGUGAAACCGAACAAGCGAGCAGCUCUCGGAAAUAUCACAAAUGUUGCAGGCACUCGAAAGCAACCGUCUCGAGCUGCAAAACAGAAUGUGCAAAUUAAUCCGCUAGUCACAAACGAAAUCUACCAAGAUGAAAAUCAACCACAAUUUUCAAGUAGCAAUGCUUUUAGCAUUUUUGUUGACGAACAGAAGCAGCCUGGAUUUAACAAACCAGAUGUUGAUGUCGUACUACAAUCAUCAUUAUCUGAAACUGCCAAAGCAAUUUCAAGACCCCCACUUGCUGAUGUACUGCCUGAUAAUCUAUUGUCAGAAUCUCCUAUGGUAAUAUCAUCGCCCUGCAAUACAGACUGUGUUGUAAUUGGGUCAGAUGAAGUGGUAAAUUCGUCUGAAAUAGCUAACAUUGACCAAGACUCUGACAAGCUUCUUGGUGUGUCUGAAUAUGCUGAAGAUAUUUACAAAUACCUACGGCAGGCAGAGCUGAAAUGUAGACCAAAGCCAGGCUACAUGAAGAAACAAACUGAUAUAAAUUGUAGCAUGAGAGCAAUUCUUGUUGACUGGCUAGUAGAGGUAGCAGAAGAAUACAAGUUAAUGGAACAGACUCUUUAUCUAACAGUCAAUUACAUUGAUCGUUUCCUGUCCUGUAUGUCUGUCUUAAGAGGAAAAUUACAACUUGUUGGGACAGCAUGCAUGCUGAUUGCUUCAAAAUUUGAAGAGAUUUACCCUCCAGAAGUCUCAGAGUUUGUCUAUAUCACUGAUGAUACUUAUACAGCAAAACAGGUUUUACGAAUGGAGAAUCUCAUUCUGAAGACCCUAAAAUUUGAUUUAUCUGCACCAACAGCACUAAAUUUCUUAGAGAGAUACAUUGCUGCUGCAAAGGCUCCAGCUGGAGGAAGUAAGCUCGAGUCUCUUGCUAGGUUCCUGUGUGAGCUAACUCUUCAAGACUACGACCCUUUUCUGAAAUAUCUACCAUCAACAAUAGCUGCUUCCUGUGUGUGUAUGGCCUCUAGUACUCUUGGUCUACCAAUCUGGACACCAACAUUGAGUUAUUACACUGGAUAUAAGUUAGAGGAACUACAAAGUUGUGUUAUAGAUGUACACAAAACAUUUGUUGAUGCAGCAUCUCAUCAACAGCAAGCAAUUCGGGAUAAAUACAAACUUGUUCGGCAUCACCAAGUGUCCUUAAUACAACCUCCGGAACAUCCUCCAGUAUAACAACACCGAGAUGGAGCACUUUUUGUACAGAAUUUUGCAAUGUCAGCCUUUGGCUUUGUUUGCUUGCAUUCAAUCACCAUGGGAUGACAUGGGCCAAUGAAAUUAAAAGGAGCCAAAUUUUGGACAACAUCAUGUUCUAGAUAGCACCAGUGUGGUUUUACUGUAAAUAAGUAUCUUUUAAUUCUCCACAAAAUUUGCAGAAGGACAGGUUUAUAAGAGAGAUACAUUCUGUACAAAGUAACUAAGUCUUGCCAAUGAUCUUCUCCUUUAUUUUCAUACAUUACUAAUAAAGCUGUCAUUCUUAUGCUUUGCAAAUGUUUACAGAGGGUUACAAUGCUUGCUUUUCAUUUCCAUUUCCUUUUCCAUUUCCAAAAUGAACUUUAACCCUUGACACAAGGAAACAAAACCAAGUAAAAUUUGUCUUGGAUUUUGUUCAAGUUUCACAUUUGAAAGUGACAACAGAAGCAAAAGCAAUUUUAGGCAACUCUCUCGUCAAAUAAAGCACAGGUUUCUAGCAAGAAAAUCCUCUGCAACCAUUUAAAGUUCUUGCAUUUGUCUUAAACUGGCAAAUUUUUGCCAUUUGUAGCCUUGUCGUAUAACUGUGCUUAUCAAAAGUACAUAAAAUUAGAUGAGCUUUUAUUUGUCUUGACAAAGUGUUCAUAGCUUAUAAAGAGCUUGUAAACUUAUAUCAUAACAUGUCCAUUAUACUUUGCUCUUAACUAAAUCAAGAACGAUUUAUUUAUAA